AUGGACAUUAAGGAGGAAAGUGAAUUGGAGGAGAAACAUCAUGAUUUCAUCACUGGAGAAACAUCUUUGAGUAGCUCUCAGACUGAAAAUGUCUUACAAAACAGAUCUCAACAAUCAAAAGCCAUAAAUGCUUUCACCUGCCCUCAUUGUGGAAAGACUUUCAGACAAAAAACAAACCUUAAGAGGCACAUAAGAAUUCAUACUGAAGAGAAUCCUUUUACAUGCCAACAAUGUGGAAAGAGUUUCAGACAAAAAGAAACUCUUAAGAGCCACGUGCGAGUUCACACUGUAGAGAAACCACAUGCAUGUGAUCAGUGUGGAAAGACUUUCAGACAAAAAACAAACCUUAAAAGGCACAUAAGAAUUAAUUCUGAAGAGAAUCCUUUUACAUGCCAACAGUGUGGAAAGAGUUUCAGGCAAAAAGAAAACCUUAAGAUCCAUAUGAGAGUUCACACUGGAGAGAAACCUUUCACAUGUGUUCAGUGUGGAAAUAGUUUCACACAAAAAGAAACCCUUCAGAGCCACAUGAGAGUUCACACUGGAGAGAAACCGCACGCAUGUGAUCAGUGUGGAAAGACUUUCAGACAAAAAACAAACCUUAAGAGGCACAAAAGUAUUCAUUCUGAAGAAAAUCCUUUCACAUGCCAACAGUGUGGAAAGGGUUUUAGACAUAAAGAUAACUUAAAUAGGCAUAUGACAACACACAGUAGAGAGAAGCCGCAUACAUGCCAACAUUGUGGAAAGAGUUUCAGACAAAAAGAAAACCUUAAGAGCCACAUGAAAGUUCAUACUGGAGAGAAACCGCACGCUUGUGAUCAGUGUGGAACGAGUUUCGCGUGUAAAAGGAACCUUAAGAAUCACAUGAGAAUCCACACUGGAGAGAAGCCAUACACAUGUGAUCAGUGUGGAAAGAGUUUCAAAAGGUCACAAAGUCUUCACGAUCAUCUGCUCUCUCACACUGGAGAAAGAUCAUUUAACUGUGAUCAGUGCGGUAAAAAUUUUGCUGUGAAAUCAGCCCUGAAGCAACACCUGAGAGUUCAUGCAAAGGAGAAGCAUAUUUGUUCUUUGUGUGAAAAGAGUUUUACACAUUUGGUGAACCUGAAAAGGCAUGAGAAAAUACACAACGGUGUGAAGGAUUAUAUGUUCUGUGAGUGUGGAAAGACUUUUACUGCUUCCAAAGAUUUGAAACGACACCAGAGAAUUCACACUGGAGAAAAACCUCACGUGUUCACGCUGUGA